CUCGCUCGCCUCCGCCGCCCAAACUUUUCUCCGGGCGCGUCUCGCCGGCGGCAGCCCCGCGCAUGGACGCCGCUUCGCAGGGGGCCUGACCCCCGCCAGGUCCGCGCCGCGCCAUGGCAGCCCGUGCGCCCCCCGCCGCACCUGCGGCCGACGAGUCGGGGGGCGCCGGCAGCCCCCCGCGCAGGAAAAAGUCCCGCUCGGGCGCGUCGGGCCUCCGCCGCGCCUUCAGCUGGCUGCGGGGCAAGCGGCGCAAGAAGAAGGCGGCGGGGACCGAGGGCGCCGAGUCGGCUGCCCCCCGCGCGAAGAAGGCGGACGACAGGACCAAGAAGGCCAAGGGCAAGGGCCGAGGCUCUGCCAAAGCUGAAAGUGACAAACGCCAGAGUGCAGGACCGAGCCCAGGACCAGGGUUUGUUGUGGAUGAGCACCAGGACAAUGUCUUCUUCCCCAGUGGUCGACCACCUCACUUGGAAGAGCUGCACACACAGGCCCAGGAGGGGCUUCGCUCCCUGCAGCACCAAGAAAAACAGAAACUGAACAAGGGUAGCUGGGACCAUGGAGAUACCCAGAGCAUCCAGUCCUCCCGGACAGGACCAGAUGAAGACAGCAUAUCCUUCUGUAGCCAGACUACAUCCUACACGGCUGAGAGCUCCACAGCUGAGGAUGCAUUGUCCAUCCGUUCGGAGAUGAUCCAGCGCAAAGGCUCUACCUUUCGACCCCAUGACUCAUUUCCCAAAUCAUCUGGAAAGUCAGGGCGCCGGCGGCGUGAGCGGCGGAGCACAGUGCUGGGGCUGCCGCAGCACGUGCAGAAGGAGCUUGGCCUGAGAAAUGAGCGUGAGGCACCAGGUACUUCUCGGCCUACUGGUUCACCGGAUGCUGUCCGCAUCCCCACGGUAGAUGGCCACCCAGCUGGCCUGGCCUUAGGGACAGGGGUCCGGGUGUCCCUACAGGCCCUGGAAGCAGCGGUAGAGGCUGGUGGAGAUACAGAGGCCAUGCUGCAACGCCACAUCGACCGUGUCUACCGGGAUGAUACACUUGUUGGCCGGUCCACUGGGGGCCGGCCCCCACCACUGACCCGGCCCAUGUCUCUAGCUGUGCCAGGACUGACAGGAGGGGCUGGACCUCCAGAACCCCUAAGUCCAGCCAUGUCCAUCUCACCCCAGGCCACCUACUUGUCGAAGCUGAUCCCGCACGCCGUGCUGCCACCUACAGUGGACGUGGUGGCCCUGGGCCGCCGCAGCCUACGCACACUGAGUCGCUGCAGCCUGGUCUCAGCCAGCCCAGCCUCCAUCCGUUCUCUGGGCCGCUUCUCCUCAGCCUCCAGCCCCCGGCCCCGCAGCCGCCAUCCUUCCUCCUCCAGCGACACCUGGAGCCACUCUCAAUCCUCUGAUACCAUCGUGUCUGACGGUUCCACCCUCUCCUCUAAGGGGGGCUCUGAAGGCCAGCCAGAGGGCUCUGUGACUAAUACUAGUGUGGCAGCCCCUCCUCAAGGGGGCAGUGGAAGGGGCUCCCCUAGUGGCGGUAGCACUGCCGAAGCCUCAGACACAGUCAGCAUUCGCAGCAGCGGGCAGUUGUCUGGCCGGAGUGUGUCCCUGCGAAAGAUGAAGCGCCCUCCACCGCCACCCCGCCGGACCUACUCUCUUCAUCAGAGGGGUUCAGCAGCACCAGAUGGGCCCUUAGGGUUGCCCCCCAAGCCUGAGCGGAAGCAGCAGUCACAGCUGCCCCGGCCACCCACUACAGGUGGGUCAGAAAAGGUGGGGACAGCACCCUGUCCCCCUAGCUCAACAAGUGGCUGGGUGUCUAGUUUGUCUCCCAGUGGUUCCCGGCGCCCGCCUCGCUCCCCAGAACGGACACUUUCACCCUCCAGUGGAUACUCGAGCCAAAGUGGUACCCCAACCCUCCCUCCUAAGGGUCUGACGGGUACCCCUGCCUCUCCAGGCAAGGCCCAACCCCCUAAACCAGAGCGUGUCACAUCCCUUCGAUCUCCUGGAACCUCUGUGUCUUCUUCGCUUACAUCUCUGUGUUCUUCGUCCUCUGAUCCCACCCCCUUAGACCGCUCUGGUCCACAUAUGUCAACCUCCAUAGGUGAUAGGUUUGUCAUACCUCCUCACCCCAAAGUGCCUGCUCCCUUUUCACCACCUCCCUCUAAGCCCAAGACCCCUAAUCAAGCUGCCUCCACUCUAGUCACCUCUCCCGUGGUUCCUGGGCCCAUCUCUACUCCUGUUUCCGGUCCUGAAUCCCCUCUCACUCCCCAGACAUCCCUGGCCCCGCCCCAGGAGUCUCCUGGAGUCUGCAAAGACCAGUCACCUCCACCAUCCCCACCUCCAUCUUAUCACCCACCGCCACCCCCUAGUAAGAAGCCCGAGGUUGUUGAGGUGGCCCCUCCAGCCCCAGAGACUGCUGAGGAGUCCCUAUUAGACCCCAACUGGCCCCCACCCCCGCCUCCUGCACCGGAGGAGCAGGACCUAUCUAUGGCGGACUUCCCUCCACCAGAGGAGGCCUUCUUCUCUGUGGCUGGCCCUGAGCCUGCAGGCCCUCCAGAUCCCCCAGAGCCUGUCAGUUUGGCUUCUUCACCUUCAGCUGCUGUGUCUGCCCAGAGCCAGCCCCAGGGUGCCCCAGAGCCGCCUCCUGCUCCACCAGUUCCACCUCCAACUAGCUCUGUCCCUGAGCUUCUGGUUAAGCCCCCUCAGAAGAAGGAGAAGGAGCCAGUGGGCAGCAGCAAAAGCAGUGGGACGUCCAGAGAGGACACAGGCGCACCUCUGGUCACACCCUCACUGCUGCAGAUGGUGUGGCUGCGCUCUGUGGGCACUCCCACAGGGGCUGUGACCCCAGCCUCCGGCCCAUCAGCCCCCCAGAAGCCACUCCGACGGGCCCUAUCGGGGCGGGCCAGUCCUGUGCCUGCUCCCUUAUCAGGGCUCCAUGCUGCCGUCCAACUUAAGGCCUCCAGCCUGGCUGCCGGUGGUGGCCUCAGAAGUGCCCAGCUGAAUGGAGCACCUGAGGCACAGCCACUGUCUCCCCAGUCCCCUGCCUCCACGGCCAGCUUCAUCUUUUCCAAGGGCACUAAGAAGCUGCACAUCGAGUGGCCUGUGUCCCCUGAGGCCCAGGCUGAUCUCCAGCGGAAUCUGGUGGCUGAACUUCGGAGCAUUUCAGAGCAGCGUCCACCUCAGGCCCUGAAGAAGCCACCUAAGGCUCCUCCACCUGUGGCCCGAAAGCCCUCAGUGGGAGUCCCCCCACCUGCAUCUCCUAGUUUGUCUAGGUCUGAGUCCUUUACUGCUCCUCCCACCAACGGGCUCCCACAAACCGAUGACAGGACUAAGGGGGAGCUGGCCGAGAAUGGAGGUGUGCAGCUGGCGGGUCCAGAGGAGAAGAUGAUUCCCCCAGGCUCAGAGCGACAGAAAGAGCUGGUCUGACCACACUUGCUGGCACUGCUGACCCAUCCCAGGAAUACAAUCUCAGGGACCUGAGCAGCCCCAAGGACCAGAGGACGUGGCAGACACAACCUAAGAGAGGACGCCUGCAGCCUUAACCUCACGGCCUUUGAUAUUUAUGCAAGUCUGGUGUUGCCCGGUCCUCCAAACCAUCCAGCUCUCAUGCCUUUUCCUGGAAGGAUUCACCCCCAGCAGCUGCUGCUUCAGCUUUGGCCUUAGCCUCAUCUUGAAGAGGUAGCUGGUGGGAGUGGUGAAUGCGCCCCCUGCUGGCCGUAAGGCCACAGAGGUGGGUGCAGAACACUUUUCUUUCUCUUUUUAAAAAAAUGUCCAAAUCAUGCACAUAUUGUAGUCCAGAAUCAAAGCACUUUCACAAAAUGGCUACAUGUCCAUUCUCCAGGGUCUAUGAAGCCACACUCCAAGGGCCUGUUUACAUGGUGACAGCAUCAAUCUCUGGUAGCCAGUCCAUAGCUGGGACCAGUCUGUCUCCUGUCCCCCUAAUCCAGUUUGCUACUUCUUAGUUCUUGGAGGUGAACAAGACACAUUCCCACAGGCUUCUCCAGGCUGAGAGCAGGAGUGGGACUGGAAUCCAAAGCACAAGAGGUGCAGUGGAGCUAGCCUUCCUGUGCCUCAACUUACUAUCAACCUCCUGCCUUCCCAGUUCUGCUAGGUGCUCCACGCAGGGAACAAGAAGUGGGAGAUUGCUGGGACCCAGAUGGGUGGGGGAAGAACCAGAGGGGAGGUCUGAGGCGCUCUCUGUCACCUGAAUGUGAAGAACAGAGAGGCAAGUCAUCUCGGCUGGUCCUUGGCAUACCAGGCAUCUGCCUGUUUCAAUUUGAUCUGGUGAGGGUGGAUUGGCACAAUUUCAGAGGCAGGAGCCUAUGGGUUGUCCCUUUUAGCUUGGCAGGAGUACUGAGGUACAAGAAGAACUGGCAAGGGGAGGGAUUGUUUGGGCAGGAGGCCCAGAUCUGGCCCUUGGACUACUUUUUCUGACCUUUCUUUGCUUGAUAUCCUUUCUGCAGCUGCCUUUCAGCAUGGGUGGUUCUACUGGGGAGCAGAGGCUGAAUGGUGAGGGUGGGAAGCCAAAGGUGCAUCUUACUCAACUCUUCCCUAGUCAGUGAGAGGGCACAGUGCUCCUAGCGAGGAGGCUAGAUGGCUGUCCCCAGAUGUCAGCCUAUGCUACUGAUCUCUCUUCUGGAAAUUUUAAUGACCUCUAUUUUCAGCCUAUACCACCUAUUAGGUAAGCUGGCUUCCUAAGUGGCCCCCAUUCCAUAGGGGUAGUCAUAGUACCUCCCUUUAUUACACCUGGCUGCCACCCAGAGCCAUCCCUUCUUAUCCCCUUCUUUAACGGUGACAUGGACUUGAGCCUGACAAGGAAUCUUGUAUUUAGCUUCUUUGUCAUCAGGAGGGCGACACUGCUCCCAAGAGCUGGGUACAUAGUGGGUUUGUGGCCUGCUCGAAGGGUUUUUAGUUCAUCACCACCAUCUUUUCCCUGUAGCUGUAAAUCAAGUCUUUCCCUUGCCCUGUGGGUAAUGGGGAGCUGCUGCUGGGUGUAUGUUUCACCUGCCCAGUGAGUUGAAGAAGGACAAUCAAUAAGCACGGUUCUGCCUGGAGCUCUUCAUUGACCCAGGACCCAUCAAAGCCCAAGGAACCUGGCAAUAUCUUUGAGAUGCUGAAGGCAGGAGGGAGCCUGACCUGUGUCUUUCCUUCCCUGCCCAGUGUUACUGGAACCCUUAUCCUCAGUUAAAUUUUCUGAGCUUAUUUCCCCACUGGGUGGGCCAGAGUACAAAGGAGAAAUCUAGCAGAGGCAACUUUCUUUGUCCUCUGGGGUAAAUGAACUUGACCUAGUGCAAAUGGAGAGACCAAAAGCCUCUGAUUUUUAAUUUGCAUAAAAAUGUUAGAAGAGAGAAGUAUAUAUAUAUAUAUAUAUAUAUAUAUAUAUAUUCUUUAAAUUUUUGAGUCUUUGAUAUGUCUAUACAAACAAUCCAUCUCCUUUGCCCUAACGCUUGAGUGAGACACAUGAAAAAACUGUGUUUCAUUUAAAGGUAUUAAUUAAUUAAUUAAAUGAUUGAAACUUG